CUAACAAUGUUGGUUUUGCGAGUUGUCUCCUUGGUUGUAUUCUUCAGCUUGUUGUGUUAUGCCAAAGAAACAUGGCUUCGUCCUGGUUGUCACAAGGUGGGAAAUACCCGUAAAAUCUCUAUACCAGAUUGUGUUGAGUUUUUGAUCACCACCAAUGCUUGUCGUGGAUUUUGUGAAUCGUAUUCCGUGCCCUCAAUGCCUUGGGGUAAUGCUGGCGGUUCAUUUAGACCACCAAAGCCCGUGGUCUCGGUGGGCCAGUGUUGCAAUAUGAUGGAAUCAAGGGAGGUGCAAAAACGAGUUCUUUGCAUGGAUGGUUGGCGUAAUGUUACCUUUCAGUCGGCUCUUUCUUGUAGUUGUUAUCAUUGCAAAAAGGAUUAAAUUGCUGAGGAAAUAGAAUACGGCAGCGUGAUGUAAAUAAUUGUAUAAUAAAAUAUAAUGUUAGAUGAGCCAUUUAAAUUACAAAAA